CUCAGUUACUCGUUACCAAAAAACAAACUGAGAUAAAAUUAUCUAUAAUUGCAGCGUUUAAAAUGAUAUAAAAGAGAUUGCGAUCUCAUCUCAUCUCACUCGAAAUAGUCACUGAGGUAACAGACAUACAUAAAAUACAAAAUGGUUUCCGACUUCAGAAAGAAGAAGCUCCUGCACGUCUUCAACUCAUUCUUCGACAGAAAUGGCAGCGGAUCCAUAGACAAGAAAGAUUUUGAUCUUGCUAUCCAAAACAUAUCGAAACUCCGCGGGUGGGCUCCCGGUGAUGCCAAGUACAAGGAAGUUCAGACAACUUUAUUGAAAAUCUGGGAUGGACUUCAAGGUCGUGCUGAUGCCGAUAAGGACGGCCAAGUGUCUGUCGACGAAUGGGUAGCCAUGUGGGAGGAUUUCGCUAAGAAUCCCUCCGCUCCAUUGGAGUGGCAGAGCUUGUACUGUAAGUUUAUUUUCCAACUGGAAGAUGCUAGCGGCGAUGGAGCCAUCGAUGGUGAAGAGUUCUCCUCAGUCUACUCAUCUUUUGGUCUGAACAAGGAUGACGCCAUGAGUGCUUUCAGGAGCAUGUCAAAAGGUAAAAGCAGCGUGUCCUGGGCAGAGUUCCAAGAAUUAUGGAAAGAAUACUUCGUGACCGAAGAUCCUCAGGCUGCUGGAAACUUUAUCUUCGGCAAGUCAAGCUUCUAAGUGACUUAUACUCGAUUUUUAAUUAUGAUUCUCAUUUUUUUCGGGCUAGUUUAAUUAUCAAUUGAUCUUAAAUAUUAAGUUUAAAUUACAUGAAAUUUGUUUAAGUGUUUUAACGCAUUUAUUAGUCAUUUAAACUGAUUUGAUUUUUGGCAAAAAUUUGUUUUAACAGUAUUAAAGUGUUCGGAUCCUAA